AACGAGAAUCCAGAAACAGUUUCGCUGAUAAGCCAUCAAAGCGUAGAUGGGUGAGCGAACUCGAUAAUUAAAUAAUUUUCGCGUACAGUUGUGUUUUUAUCUGUGUAGAUCAGUGUUUUAGUGAGUGUCGUACGAAAUGUGUCGAUGGUGUUUAUGUUGGUGUGAUAUUUCAGGGGAAAAUUGAUUUGAUUUAAACUGAAAAAAAAACCAGAGACUAUACAAAAAUGUUGGAUUAUACGGCGACAAGUAGACUUCGCAGAAAACUGAAAACAAACGCUUCGAAGUUGGGUGGAAAACUUCAAAGGGUCGACGUUAUCGGUUCGCUUAGCGACUUAACAAAAUUAAAUUACGCCAAUUUGAAGCAGAAGGUUAAAAAAUUACGAAAAGCUGAAUCCGAUACCGACGAAUACGACUCCGAUGAUUAUCGGUUAAACUAUCACAAAAAGCGAUCUCCUCACUUCACGCCAAGAAAUUUUUAUGCGGAUGAAAAUUCGAUCCCUUCAUCCAGGUACAAUUCAGAGGAACAUCUUUAUAGGAGGUAUUCUAGAAAUUCCACAGAUACGAUUUCAGAUGAAAGUGGAGUUUUUAUGAAGUAUUUCCAGAAGAAUGCCAAGGUUGCCGAUGUUAAUAAACGAUUAAAAUCGCAAAUUUGGAGUUCCGUGGUUACAAUUGUCUUGAUUGAAGGAAAGAACCUUUUAGCGUGCGAUCCCGAAACAGGAACAUCAGAUCCAUACGUCAAGUUUAGAUUAGGAAAUGAAAAAUAUAAAAGUAGAGUCAUUUGGCGUUCUUGUAACCCAAGAUGGUUGGAACAAUUUGAUCUUCAUCUAUACGAUGAUGGAGAUCAACAAUUGGAAAUUACCGUCUGGGAUAAAGACCGGGCAAAAGACGACUUUAUUGGAAGGAUAGUAAUCGAUUUAAUGGAUUUAGAAAGAGAAAAAACACACAGCAUAUGGACCAAAUUAGAAGAUGGAGCGGGAUCUAUACAUCUUUUAUUAACAAUAAGCGGAACUACAGCUUCCGAAACCAUUUCAGAUUUAACUACUCACGAAGAGAAUCCGAACGAACGAGAAAUAGUUUUAAGUAGAUAUGCUUGGCAUAAAACUCUUCAAAAUAUAAAAGACGUUGGUCAUCUCACGGUAAAAGUAUUUAGGGCAACGGGUUUAGCAGCAGCAGAUUUAGGUGGUAAAAGUGACCCAUUUUGCGUUUUGGAACUAGGAAACGCACGACUACAAACACAAACCGAAUAUAAAACUUUAACACCUUCCUGGCAAAAAAUCUUCACUUUCAACGUAAAAGACAUCAAUAAUGUCCUCGAAGUGACCGUUUACGACGAAGAUCGAGACCAUAAAGUUGAGUUUUUAGGAAAAAUAGCGAUACCUUUAUUGAGGAUACGAAACGGUGAGAAGAGAUGGUACGCUUUAAAAGAUAAAAAAUUAAGAAGUCGAGCGAAAGGUCAAUCGCCGCAGAUUUUAUUGGAAAUGACCGUAAUUUGGAAUCCAAUUAGGGCUUGUAUAAGAACUUUAAAUCCUAGAGAAGAAAAAUACAUGCAGACUGAAGUUAAAUUUAAGAGACAAGUUUUUGUGAAAAAUGUUUUAAGAUUGAAAAGUAUUGCUAUGCAUUUUUAUGAAUUUGGAAAAGUUCUUCAGAGUUGUUUUGAAUGGGAAUCCCGAAUACAAAGCUUCAUUGCGUUGGUGUUCUUUUUAAUACUAUGCUAUUAUUUCGAACCGUGGAUGAUACCGAUAGCAGGUUUAUUGGUUUUCCUCAAACAGUACAUCGUCAAACAGAUUACAGGUCCUCAAACAGUGCCUUGGGACGAAGUAGCAGAUUCCGAUUUAGAUGAAGACGAGGAUGACGAUAAGGAGAAAGAGGAAAAGAAAAGCUUAAAAGAACGACUUCAAGUAAUACAAGAAGUUACUCAAGGCGUUCAAAAUGCUAUUGGAAAAAUUGCUACGUUUGGCGAAAGCGUAAAAAAUACCUUUAACUUCACGGUUCCAUAUUUAUCAUGGAUUGCGAUAACUUUGUUGGUAUCAGCAGCCGUGGUUUUGUACAUUAUGCCAAUAAGAUACCUGCUGAUGAUUUGGGGUACAAAUAAAUUUUUCCGAAGACUUCUGCGGCCGCAUUCAGUACCUAACAACGAACUCUUCGACUUGAUAUCAAGAGUACCGGACGAUGAGAUGCUGUUGUGGACAAAGAUAAUGGCAGCCGCUCUCUCGAGCAAUAUCGGUCGUUUGACGGUAUUUGAAUGGUACUUCCAGCUGGAUUAUAGAGAUCUGAAAAUUCUGUUGAGCACCACCGAUCCGGAAGCAAAACGCCGAGAACCACGCAAGAAACAUAAAGGAUCCUAGUGGAGAACCUUCUUUCAUAUAAAGGGUGUAAGAAGAAGAAUGCCUUCGCCAGUUUACGAAUCAAAAGUCUGAUGAUAAUCACGGUUUAAAAGAAAAUGUUUUUAAAAAAUGUUCGGUUUUUGGGUUUUCUUAAUGUUAUCGUGGAAAUUUUGUUUAAUUUCGAAUAAAAUAUAUUUGAAACUGAAAUAACGACUUAGAGCAGUAACAUUUUUAAUGUUACUGCUCUCUGAUGUAAAUGUUUGAAAAAAAUCACCAUUUUAGAAUAUCUUAAAAGGAAAUUUUCACACACGGCUGUAAAAAAAUGUAAUAAAGCUUCUCUUUUCCAUGUCAUUAACAAAUGUAUCUAAUGCGAGGCCGUGAUAUUAGCGAUUAUUUUAUACCUCAAAAUAUGUAUUAUAAAAAAUUAUGUAACAAAACGAUUAACACCAACUACAAAGAAAAUAUAAUACAUUAUCAAGUAGGUAGUUAAAAUAACAUAAUAAAACGUUACAUGUUCGAAAAUCCAUGAUAAUGAUUGUUGUUGGUUAAUUAACGGUAAAAUUAACGACAGAAUUAGAUCGAAAUAGUAAAAUAAAAUAAAUAGUUGUUUUUAUGAGAUUAAAAGUAAAGGAAAGUAUAAGAAUUAAUAAAGUUGUAAAUACGUCUACCAAAUUAAUAAACGAUUACAAAACAAGGGAUUAAAGUAGAUUUUGGUUGAAAUAGUUUAGAUUUUUGACCGGAUUAGUUACGUUAACGGAGUUUUUUUCCGAAAAAGUUUUAUAUUUUUCUACCCGACCGUUAACGACUAGUUUAUCGAUUAGUGAGUUUGUCUUGCCUCCGGUUAUAAAGAAUUACAGAAACGACACGAUAAAAGGGAGAUUAAAUCGUAAUCUAUAACGCACUUUCGUUCUUCCACAACACUUUAUAGAUAUAAUAAUUUAUUAAUUUAAGGUACUUUUGGCCUAAACAUUACAUUAUUAAAACCUUUCCAUUUAAAAUUUACUUAUUUAAUUGAUUUUUAUCCUUAUUAGUAUUAUUUAUCCUUUAGGUACUUAGAACGUAGACGUAGUUAGAAAAUCAUUACGUAAAUAUUCGAUACAUCUUUAUAACUCAUACCAUUCUUUUAAAGUUAUAUUGCUUUUAUUCCUGUAUUUGCUGUUUUCCAUUAUUAAAACGGUCGCCGUUUUAAAAGAAUAUAUGUAUAUCGCGAGCUUUCCACGUCGUUGUGAUAUGUACUUAAUACUUAAAUUCCUGUUUAAAUUCCUUCCAUGUUUAUAACAAAAAUUUCAAAUUCUACGCACUACGAAAUUAUCGCACUUAAGCGCGUCUUUUCGCUGCUUAUCGAGAUGUUAUUUAAAAAAGAAAUAAUAAAAAAUUGUAAGGUGACAAGUGGCGCGGUGAUAUUGUAAUUUAACGAUUUAAUAAAUGUUCUUUUUUAUUCCA